UUUGACAGUGAUGACACCCCAAACGACUCUCGUUAAGUUUAUUCUUGAUGUAGUUAGUUUAUACUAAUGGCUGCCAAGAGCGAUCAGAAUUCAAUUUUUAUCACGGAAAGUAUAGAUAUUUUACUGAAGACUCUUGAAGACAUAGAAAGAAGAAAUGUUUACCUACAGAAGCUUUGUUGUGCAAGAAAAAGCCUGUUCAAACCUUGGCCACGGAAAAGAAAUGGUGAUACAGAGAUAACAGGAAAAGAUCGUGAUGGUGUCCAGACCAGUGGUCAGCCUCAAGGUACCCUGACAUCUGCUGAAAAGUCUGAAAUAGCAAUGAUGGACAAGAUGCUCAACAAGGCACAGGCAGCCCGGGAGGUCCAACAAAGGAUUAAAGAAUCUGGACGAAAACAGAAGCCAAACGUUCGAGAGAAAAAUGGAGAUGGUACCACAAAGCGUUCUGUGGAAAUUUCUCAUCAGGAUUCUGUGAAAAGUGAUCCCAUCCCUACAGUCUCACCGGUCAACAAUCUCACGAGAAAAACUGCAAAUGAAAAAGUCACUCAUAACCUCAAAAAAGGAACAAACUCUAAGUCUCAAGAUCAGGUUACAGCUAAAUCUUCAACAACACGCCAAGAUCAAGGUCAAAUUCAGCGUGGCAGAUCUGUUGGGAGGGGGUCUUCCAGUGCUAGUAUGCGAGGAGGCAAGAAAGUGGUAGCAGCUCAUUUGACAGCACCCUUUCAAACCAACCCGCGUCUUACUGUACCAAAACGACAGGUAGAAAAGCGUAUAUCUUCGGGAGCUAAGUGUAAAACAGUUAAUCCUAUACAAAAUAGAUCUUCUGUCCCAUCUAAAAGAACAGCUGUUACUGAACGAAACUCUAGUUCUAUACAGAAACAAACUGGGAAGGAUAAUUAUAAAUUUGAAAAAGAUGAUGAAAUGACAACAGAGAAAUUAGACAUGUUUGUUGAUGAUAAGAUCUGUGAUGAUAAAACUACGUCUGUACACAAUAGUAGUAUAGAAUCUAACCAAUCUGAAAAACAAGAAGAGGAAACACAUAUGAUUGCAAAGAACUCCCUAGAGAAAUCAGCUGUGGUAGAAAACCUUGAGAACCUCCAUGUCAAGGAGGAUACAGAUACACAAGAGAGAGAAAAGGAAAACAGAUUUUGUCUACUUACUGAUGGGAAGAAGUUGUCCAUUCCUGGAAAACUUCGCAGACUCUACGCCAAUAAUGUAAGACUACGCGAGAAGAUAAAACUACAGGGAAUGACACAGAAGGUGGAUGUCUGUACUAGUCGCCAGGAGUUUGUGGCCAAAGUUGAAUCUAUGUUUGAGCGGAAUGAAGCUCAAUCUGUGGGGAGGAAAGUGACAGCCAUCACCAAUAUCUACACAAACCUUCUACAGAUUCUUUGUGACCUUGACCUCCAUGAAACAGCAGAUAACUGGUCCUGUUAUGAUGUAUUACGUGCCAAAAGUCUUGUGGAGUUUAUAUUGACUGUUUUCUACAAAACUGAAGAAGAACGGCUGAAGUUUAAUCCAGAUGUGUUAUCAAGCAUUUCCUGUGAGGGGAGACAACCCAGAAGGGUUGUGAACCCUCCCAAAGUUUCUUUUACAUCACAAUUCUGGUUACCAGCUUCAAUCAAAAUGGAUCCUUGUCUUUAUAAUGCCUUGUCCAGACCUCACAAUUGCUUGCAAUACAAAAGUUCAAAAGAUCUUGACCGAUACACGGCCCUUGUGUUCCAAAUCCAGUAUGAGCAGCUGCAGUUACGACUUUUGGAUACCAUAGCAACUAAAGUGUUACCAUUGAUGAGAUGUGGACACUACAAACCCAGUGAGACAAUAUGGAUGUUCCGAUCCCUGUAUUCUGUGCUGACCUCAAACAAGUCUUUCCCUGUGAUGGUAAAGGAUACAAUUCAGGAGCUGGAGGAAUCUCCCCGAAAAUGCCUGAACUUUUAUGAACUGAUCAAAUCCUAAUAUCCUGUAUACUUUCUUUGUUACUAAAAAUAGAAAUAUCUAAUUCCUAUUACUGAAAUAUCUUUUGAAUAUAUAAGAUUAUGCAUAGAUGAAUAAGAUCAUGUUCCUUUUGGUAACCGACUCACAGCAAAAUUCUCUGCAAAUCUGAACUGCUAAGAUACAACAUUAAUAGCUAGCAAGGAUAAAUAUAUUUAUUAUGUUGCACAUAGAACAAUUUAAUUUAUGGGUGUUCCCAUGAGUUUAGACUUCAUUGUUAAUGUAAGUUUAGUGAAACUUAUACAAAUUAUAUGUUGGGUCUAGAUUUUAGAGUAGAAUACUAUAUACACACACACUUCGAUAUCAUUACACUGUUGUAGUUUUACAGUAGAUGGCCUGCUCAGUAACAGCAGUUGCCGACCUCUAAUUUCUUAUUAUCACUUGGCUAAUUUCAGUGCUGUACUUCCAUUGUUCUCAAUAUUCUUUGUUGUUUGCUUAAUAUUUUAGUAAGUUUAACUUGAAAAGAUAUUUCAUAUUAGUUUGUGCAAUUAUUUCCACAAAAACUUAUAACAAUACAUGUUAACGACCUAUUAACAGGCAAGGUCAUUUAAGGACAUGCCUGGUUUUGGAGGUGGAGGAAAGCUGCAGUACCCAGAAAAAAAAACACUUGCCUAUGGUCAGUAUAUCAGGCAACUGCCAAAUGCGGGUUACUUUUCCUCAGAAACUUCGUGGAUCUUUCUCAAAUUUCACAUAGUUUCUACCUGGUCCUUAGAUGUGUGUGUUCCAUUUUGCAAUUGAUCAGAAAACGGUUAAGAUGGCUGACAGUUUAAGUUUGGUAUCGCUAUUUCUCAGAACAUUCUUAUGAAUCUUUCUUGAAUUUCAUUUAGAUUCCAAUUGGAUUAUUUGAAGUUAGUUAAUCCUAUUUGAGUUUGUGAUGGAUAUUUCUCAGAUUUAAUAUGUAGGUUCCUCUUGUUUUUUAAAUGAUCAAAAGGAAGAAUAGAAAAGUAGAGAAAAGAUCUGCAGUCUUACAGAGAUCCAAAAAAGGUCAUUUGAAGGUGGGCACCAAGAUCACUCUGGGAUUGCUUGCUCUGUUUUCAAACACAGAAUGUUUACAUCCACAGAAAUUCAAAUUCAUCAUAACUAAUCAAUUUAAAUGGAACUCUAACGUUUGUAAAGAAUCACUUUUUAAAAUUACUUUACAUCCAGUGUCACUGGCCAAAGAGACUUGGCACAAUUUUCCAAACGAAAGUCCAUAUAUAUAUACACGAUGAUAUAUGGACUGUCGUUUGGAAAAUAGUGCCAAGCCCCUGUGUCAAUGGCAGUGACAUUGUUCACUCCUCUCCUCCAUUUUAGUUUUAUAUCAGCAUGUUGCAUGAAAGAUAAUUUCUGUUCAUACUUUGGAACUUUGUACUUUUUAACAUGAAAAAAUGGUAUUGUCAACAUGGCCCAAUCAGAAUCAUUUUCCUGGUACAUGUACAAUGUACCAGGAUGUAUGGGAUUGUUAAAUUUUAUUUUCUGUUAAAACAUUUGUAGUACAUUUACUGUUAAUUAUAAUUACAUACAUGUACCAGGUACCAAUACAUAAUAAUAUAUACAUUUGUUUAAUAUUUCAUGAACAUUUUAA